AUGUGCAUGAGCCCUACCUCAGAUAGAGCAGGGGUGGAACCUUUUCUUGGCCUAGCCUAUCUUGCAGUACUUGUACCCACUUGGGCGCGACAAGUAGACGCGGAUCCUGAACAAGUUCCCGACCUUCUCGAGGCUCUCGUAGUCGUGGCACUGGCGAGUGGGUCAUUCGCUGCCACCAAACGUGGUCUGGCUUUUGCUGAUUCCGACAAUACUGGCGACAUUGCUGUCGCUGAUGGCACUCAGGUCUCCUGGGUAUAUAAUUGGGGCAGUACCGCGCCAAGCUAUCUAAAAAACACAGACAUGACCUACAUCCCUAUGCAGUGGGGUGAAGACAAUGCCGAUAAUUUUAUGGCUGAAGUGCAGGCUCAGAAUGCGAAGACCAUCUUAGGUUUCAACGAACCUGACCUUAGUUCACAGUCGGAUAUUACACCUAUGACUGCCGCGUCAUUAUGGGUGCAGUACAUUCAACCUCUGAAGGCACAUGGCGUCCGACUGGGUAGCCCCGCUGUGUCCAGCGCACCAUCGGGAAUUCCCUGGUUAUCUCAAUUCUUUGGAAACUGCACUGAAUGCACGUUUGAUUUCAUACCUAUUCACUGGUACGGUGAUGGCCUCGACAAUUUCAAAGACUAUGUCGAGUCGUUCUAUGACAAAUUUUCAUCGCCAGUAUGGGUCACGGAGUUUGCAUCUACUUCUUCGAGUGUUAACGAGGUGGAAGACUUCUGCACUGAUGCAAUAGCUUUUCUUGAUGGCCAGAAUUGGAUUGAAGGAUAUGCCUGGUUUGCACUCUACCGCCAGGAGUCAGGUUCCUACUACAGUAAGAGAAUUCCAUCAAGCGUCGUGUCUCAGUAUGACCUUUCUAUCACCACAGACCUUCUUGAUGUCAAUGGCCAGCCUAACACACUUGGGGAUAUCUACCUUCAUGGGACCAAUUGA